AUGUCCAAUACCACAGUCACACCGCGCAUGCGUUCCUACGGCUGGAACACGCAUUUUGUCGCUACAUCAAGGGCGGUCCACUUCGCUGGUGUUUAUCAGCACCAUGACAACGCAUUUCUGACGUUUCGCGACAUUGUUGAUGAGCUGUGCCUCUGCUUUGAACUUCCCGGCUCGACCAAGGAGGAAGAUUCUUGGAAUGGCGUCGCGUUUGGACUAGAUAAAAGGAACCGAAAUGAUGUACAUGGUGCGGUUUUUGUUAAGGAGGAGGAGCUUGAUACGGUGGUACCGAGCUUGCUGAGUCCUGAUGCACAGGAACGAGCAAUUGUGCGGUACCAUGUCGUGCGUCAUGGACAAUGCGACCUACCUAAGGACUCACCAUUAGAAGCUCACUUGAAAGCUUCAUGCGCAACACACAUCCCCCGCCCCGAACGUCGUCAUGACCCCCGCUACCUUGCACCCAAGAAAGCUUCUGAAGACCCACGCGUUGCGAAAAUGCCCUUCCGGAAGAGAGCGAAACCCCGAACCGGCUCUCAAUCCCCAAAACGGGAACAAUCAGGCUCUGUUUCGCCGGACAAGGACGGAGAAGAAACACAGCACGUCAGCGACAUGAUCAUCCCUGUAACGGAGGACAUCAAUCGAACGUACGCGCAAAAAGUCAUGGACUCGUUUCGCUCGUCGGUUAUGGUCUCUGCGAAGCGUUGUGCCGUGACGGGGAAAGGGCAAUCUUGGUGCAUCAGUCCAGCUAUCGGACCAUCGCUGCAAGCCUGUCAUAUUGUUCCGCAGCAGCAGUUUCAUGUGUAUCCCGAUUCUUCCAAUGGUCAAGACUUGGAGUUGAGUAGUCGACGACUGCACGAGGCGUGGUUGUCGACUUGGGCGCCCGCUAACGGCAUUCUCAUGAUGACUAAUAUCCCUCAAUAUGUGGACCGUGCUGCUCUUGCACACCAUUACGAGAUGUGUUGUAUCGAAAAUAUGGCCGCCAAUAUGAUUCUUCCCGAACUGACGACGACACUGACGUCCAGGACAGCUACGUCCGGGACGAAUUCUCCUUUCACAGCACGAUCUGAUCUCCCCGUAACGCCAGGGCCGGAUACAUAUGGGGACCCGUCCAAGAGAAAGCGAACCACUCAAGAUACCUCGGAGUAUCACCAAGAUGGGGGUAUCGAUGCCAGAGAACGGAAACGGCAGCGUGUUGAUGCGUUUAUGAUGGAGGACACGGAAUUGAUACGCGAGACUUAUUUUGACCGUCAUGUUACCCCUCUUAACAGUCAGCACUUUCUCGCUGAUGUUAAUUAUGAACUUGGGAAGCUUGUCGAUUACGGGGAAUAA